AAAAAAAAAAAGAAAGAGCUUCUUUUCCCCAGUUUCCUUUCCCUCCACCACUAAUGGAGGGAAGUUUGUAAAAUCUCAUUUUUAUUUUCUCUGUUUCUUUCCAAAAAAAAAAAGGUAAACCAUCUUCCAUUUCUGGCGCCAUUUGAAGGGAUCCUGUCUUUGUUUCAACUUUCAAACUUCAUCUUCUUUUUUAUUUUGUUUCAUUUAAAGAAAAAAAAAAGCUUCUCAAAGCAAACACCCAACUUUUAGUGUUCUUGAGAAGAACCCAAAUUUUGGUAUAUUGUCAUAUAUAUAUAUAUUCUCAAGAGAAAAUGGAAGAAAAGGAGAGCACGAUAUCUGGAUCACUAGGCAACUCGGACACAGACUCACCACCUGCAGCAGUGAGUAGCCUGGUGAUGAACAUGAGCCUUGAUGGUGCAACAGCAAUCGUUCCUGUAGCAGGUGCAGGUGGGGAUAGCUUAGGGAAGAAAAAGAGAGGGAGGCCAAGGAAAUAUGAUGCAGAUGGGAAGCUUAGGAUCCCAUUUCCAUAUCCAUCCUCAACUCCUGCCUUCACUUUAUCUCCUUCUGAUUUCUCCUCUUCCAAGAGAGGUAAAGGAAUGCCUUCUCUAGGUGACCUGUUUGUUAGCACGGCCUGUGGGGACUUCACGCCACAUGUGGUCACAGUCAAUACUGGGGAGGAUGUUGCAGGGAAAAUUCUUUCGUUUUCGCAGAAUGGUCCUCGUGGGAUUUGUAUUCUAUCAGCCAAUGGAGCUGUCUCUAAUGUUACCAUUCGACAACCUGGUUCCUCUGGUGGGAUUUUAACAUACGAGGGUCGGUUUGAGAUAUUGUCAUUAACUGGUUCAUUUACAGUAAGUGACACCGGUGGUGGAAAAAGUAGAACUGGUGGGUUGAGUGUUUCACUGGCAGGACCCGAUGGUCGUGUAAUUGGUGGUGGCCUUGCUGGUAUUUUGGUGGCUGCUAGCCCUAUUCAAAUUGUGGUAGGAAGCUUCAUGCCAAAUGGUUACAAAGUGCAAAAAAGGAAGCAUUACCGUCAGGAAACUGCGGCGGCUUCCACAGUCGUUACAGCUGCUCCUCCAUCAGCUACCGCGGCAACAAAACCUGAUGGUGAAAACUGUAUGACAUCAGCAUACCCCUUUCCAGGGGAAAGACAAAGCCUUGGGGAAGCAGAUAAUAAUAACACAAUUAUUGAUAAACAUUUAGCAAAUCCUGUAGCAGCUUCAAUUGUAGCUGGCUGGAAUGGCUCAAAUCCUUCACCAAUCCAUCGACCAUCCCCUGACAUUAACGUCUCUGUGUCCAGUGAAUAGUGUCCAAGUCCAAGGUCUAUGUAAUUUUAAGAGUCUCGGAGGCUGACGUGAUGAAGAUCUCAUUAAAACUAAUUUUAUUUACUUGAUGGUCAUUUGUAACAAUUAGAUACAGCAAUGGAGAAGCAUGGUUUACUGCAAUGAUGUGAGAUGGGAGGAACUCUUUUUUCUUCCCUCUUUUGUAGCAAAGUUGUGGGAACAUGUUUAUUUACACAAGGGUUGACACUCAACUUUAUUAAAUUUAGACAAAUCAAUCAUCAAUUA